UUGAAGUUUAAACGCAAAGCAUAUUCUCGUGGCCUGCGACUCGGGAUUCGGUCAUCGGUUCGCAUUCUCUCUCGUAGCUCAAACCUUUGAGGUUUCUGUCUUCCCUUCGCCUUGAUUUUUCCGGCAAUUGGAAAACGAAGAGGAUGAAGAGAUCCGUGAGCGCUUCCAGAGUCUCCGAUAAGGUGUUGUUGAGUUCGCCGUCGUCGUUGUCGUCGUUGCAAUCCGCAGUCUUUAGAUCUUCGAGUGUGAGUUCCGGCUUGGACUCAGAGCUUUACCUACCGACGUAUAAUCCGUUCUCUCACGCGGCCGAAAAAGAACGUCGCCGUCUUAAGCUUGCCAAGAUCUUCAUCCACUUCAUUCCCGUCGUCGUCGUCUUCUGCGCCGUCGUUCUCUGGUUCUUCUCCGAUCCAGAAGGAAGGGGGAUUGAUGGGGAAGUUGCUGUGAUGGCUUAUGGAAAACCGCCGAAGGACUUUAGAAUAAGGAUUUAUUAGCAUAAAUUAAAGAUUUCUCACCGUCCUAGCGUAGUACUUAUGAAGUUUGGAGUUGGAAUCAAUUGAGCAUGUUGUCUCUAUGUAGCUAAUAAAUUUUCGAAUGAUAGUGUGUGUAUAUAAACUUUGAAUGCAUUGCUCUCUAAUAUCAUGUCAUUAACUUGGUAUCUCUUAAAUGUUCGGAUAUUGUAUGAUGCAAGUAAAAGGAUACAUGAAUUGAGUAUUCCCUGGUUAACAGUUA